AUGUCAGGAUCAAAAAUGAGAAUUCUUCUUGACCUUGCCUCUCAGCAGAUCUCUACCAUGGGUGACAGGGGGAUAAGCAACCACUCAGAAGUGAAUGAAUUCAUUCUCAUAGGCUUCCAAGUCCGCCCAGAGCUUCAAAUUCUCCUUUUCUUCUUGUUUCUGCUUACCUAUAGCAUGGUCCUUCUGGGGAACAUUGGUAUGAUUGUCCUCAUCCUGACUGCUUCCCGACUGAACACACCAAUGUAUUUCUUCCUAGGCAAUCUCUCUUUUAUUGAUCUUUCCUACUCCUCUGCUGUGGCACCCAAAGCCAUAGCCAACUUUCUCUCAGAGAAUAAGACCAUCUCCUUUGCAGGCUGUGUGGCCCAGCUCUUCUUCUUUGCUCUCUUUAUUGUGACUGAGGGCUUUCUGUUGGCAGCUAUGGCCUAUGAUCGCUUCAUAGCCAUCUGCUCCCCACUCCUGUAUUCUGCCCGUAUGUCAAGAAGCCUCUGCAUCCAACUGGUUGCAGGAUCUUACUUUUGUGGCUGUAUCAGUUCCAUCCUUCAAGUAAGCAUUACCUUUACUAUGUCCUUCUGUGCAUCUCAUGUUAUUGAUCUUUUUUACUGUGAUACCCGCCCAAUACAGAAGAUCUCAUGUUCUAAUGUCUUUAUUAACAAGGUGGUGUCAUAUUCUUUGUCUGCCAUCAUUAUUUUGCCCACAAUAAUGGUCAUCAUGGUGUCCUACAUCUAUAUCAUAUCUACUAUCCUGAAGAUCCGUUCCACUGAAGGACAAAUGAAAGCAUUCUCCACCUGUGGGUCUCAUCUGAUGGUUGUGAGUUUGCUCUAUGGAACUGUUUCUUUUAUGUAUCUUACACCUGCCAGUAACCCAGAGCUGGGUAAAGUGGCCUCUCUGUGCUAUACCAUUGUUACUCCAAUGUUAAAUCCUUUGAUUUAUUCUCUAAGAAACAAAGAUGUCAAAGAAGCUCUGAAAAACAUGUUAUGGGAGAAAAAGGGUUUUCUCUAA